AUGGCCUCCAGACGGCCGCUGGGCGCCCGGCUCCUGGCGGCGCUGGUUUCUUUACUUUGUCUUCCCAAGCCUAAGGUCCGCUGCGCAGGAGUCUUCGAACUGCAGAUCCACUCCUUCCGGCGCGGUCCAGGGUCCCUGGCCCCUCCAGACUCCCCGUGUGGUACCCGGGGCUCCUGCCGUCUCAUCUUUCGUGUCUGCCUGAAGCCUGCGCUGCCCGACCGGAGCCCAGAGCUGCCGUGUGUCCUAGGGGCUGCGCUCAGUACCCCAGGGACCCCCCACCCCGGGGACCCCACCGAUCCGGGUCCACAGCUCUCCCUGACUGACGGCCUCAUCCGUGUUCCCUUCCGGACCGCUUGGCCGGGGACUUUCUCUUUAAUCAUCGAAUCCUGGAGGGAGGAACUUGAUUCCAGGAGUAAGGAAGAGUUGGGGGAGAAGCUUCCAGGGCCGGAUCGGAGUCUGCUGAGCCGGUUGGCUGGGCGGCACAAGUUGGCGGUGGGCGGCCCCUGGUCCCGGGAUGCUAGGCAGGCCGGAGGCUGGGAGCUCCUCUUCUCCUACCGGGUUCGUUGCGAGCCUUACUACUAUGGUCCUGCCUGUGCCCGACUCUGCCGCCCUCGAGACGACCCACUUGGCCACUUCCAUUGCGGGGCCAACGGGGAGCGCGUGUGCAUGGACGGCUGGGCUGGAGACAUGUGUGCCCGGCCCAUAUGUCAGGCAGGCUGCAGUGCUGAGUAUGGCUCCUGUGAAAGGCCAGGUGAGUGCCACUGUCGUCAAGGCUGGACUGGCCCCCUCUGCACCAUCCGAGUCCCCAACAGUGACUGCUCCAGCCUCCAGCCAUGUACCAACGGAGCCACCUGCUCCAACCUCCCAGGAUUCUCCAGCCGCCAAUGCCUCUUCCCAGCCGGACUGUGUGAUGAUCACCCAUGUACCAAUGGUGGCAGCUGCAGUGAGGUGGCCGGGGACUUUGAAUGCACAUGUCCGCGGGGCUUCUAUGGAAAGCGGUGUGAGGUCAUUGGGAUGACCUGUGCUGAUGGGCCCUGCUUCAAUGGCGGUACCUGUGUGGAUGGCGGGGCCCCUGCUGGCUACACCUGCCGCUGCCCACCAGGCUUCCAUGGCUCCAACUGUGAGAAGAAGAUGGAUCGCUGUAAUCUGCAGCCUUGUCGCAACGGCGGUUUCUGUCUGGACUUGGGCCGCGCGGUCCUGUGCCGCUGCAGGCCCGGCUUCGGGGGUCCGCGCUGCGAGAGGGACCUGGACGACUGUGCGGGACGGCCCUGCGCCAACGGGGGCACAUGCGUGGACGGCGCGCACAGCUUCCGCUGCUCCUGCACGCUGGGCUUUGGGGGACGCGACUGUCGUGAGCGCGCUGACCCCUGUGAUCCCCAGCCUUGCGAGCACGGUGGCCGCUGCUACGCGCACUUCUCCGGCCACGUGUGCUCCUGUGCUCCGGGCUACAUGGGCGCGCGCUGUGAGUUCCCCGUGAGUCCCGGGCCUAAGGAAGGGGACGGCUCCGAGCUCCCGCCGGCUCCUGCCCCUCCCCCGCCCGGGCCCCACCGCGGGCCCCCAGAAGCUGCCCGACGCAGACAAGUACCCCUGCCGGGGGCCUUGGGACUUCCCUUCGCUCUGGUGCUGCUGUUGGCGGUCGUGGCGGGAGGCGCGGCCCUCCUGGUCAGAGCCCGGGCCCGCCGGCGGAGUCCAGGGGCGCGGCCCCUUCCUUCCUCCCCAGACCCUGCUCCGCCAACCCCGCCUCCAGCCGACGCACUCAACAACCUCCGGGCUCACGAGAUUGGCUCCCAGGUCCCCCCUUUUCAGGGCCCCGGGAACUUAAAAGCGCCCAAGCACGAGCGGACGCAGCGACGGCUGGAGCCGUCGUCGGGGAUGAGGACCGAAGAUUGGUGUCUUGCAGAGGACAGCGACCCUCGAACCAUCUAUGUCAUCCCAGACUGCCCCCUCUAUGCCAGAGAGUUCAACCGACUGAAAAGGCAGCUAAAUGAAAUUUUCCCAGAACGCCUAACCUUUGUUGAAGAGCGGGUGCCCCAGCCCUCAGAGGAUUUUGAGGUCUUUGUGGCUGGCAAACUGGUGCAUUCUAAAAAGGGAGGAGAUGGCUACGUGGAUGGCUACUUGAAUGAGUCAAAAUUGGUCAAAGUCGUGGCUCAGAUCCGGGAAGUGCUGAAAGCCUUGGAACUUCACAGCUGA